AACUUUACAGCUGAUAUGUUCUGUGUGGGUUCUUCAGGCUUCAGGAGGAAAGCGAGUGAGUGAGGGUUUGUGUUCCAGCUGCAGACCUUCUCUCACCGAGCUGCUCCUCAACUCUUUAUCUCUUGAACCUGCACAUUCCAUCAAGUGGACUGAAGAACAGGAACCUUCCUGGUGGGGUGAGAGCCGAGGUCCUGCAGGAAAGUGAAGAUCGGAUCUUCUGCUGGAUUCAAUCCUUCACAUCGAAACGCUCGCGUCUCUCUGCGCUUCAUCAUCAGAUCAAGAGUUUCCUUCACACUGUGGUGGAGACACCAGAACCACCAGAACCAGCAGAACCAGCAGAAACACCAGAACCAGCAGAACCAGCAGAACCAGCAGAAACACCAGAACCAGCAGAACCACCAGAAACACCAGAAACACCAGAACCAGCAGAACCACCAGAAACACCAGAAACACCAGAACCAGCAGAAACACCAGAACCAGCAGAACCAGCAGAAACACCAGAAACACCAGAACCAGCAGAAACACCAGAACCAGCAGAACCAGCAGAAACACCAGAACCAGCAGAAACACCAGAACCAGCAGAACCAGCAGAAACACGCACAGCAGAUUGAUCUUCUUUUAUUUCACUGGUGUUCUUUACAAACGGGAUCAGAACCAAGAGCAACGGGAUGAAGAGGACCAGCUUCCUGCUGAUGUGUGGAGUCGUGCUGAGCUUCAGUCGGGCUCAGCCGGAGGAGCCGCCGGUGGAGGAGGAACAUGUGGAGCUCUUCACCACACCAACCACUAAGUUGGGUGCCGCCACCUCCGACUUCGGCUACAACCUGUUCCGAGCUCUGGCGAGUCGCGAUGCCACGACCAACGUGUUCCUGGCGCCCAUCAGUGUGUCUGCAGCGCUGACCCAACUGUCCAUGGGAGGUUCUGAGCUGGCGGAGCGGCAGCUGUUCCGGGCUCUGAGGUACCACACCCUGCAGGACCCCCAGCUCCACAACACCCUGAGGGACCUGCUGGCCUCCCUGCGCUCGCCGGGCAAAGGCCUGAGCAUCGCGGCCCGUCUCUACCUGGCUCGACGACUUCGUCUGAAGCAGGAGUUCCUGGCGCUCGUGGAGCAGCAGUAUGGCGUUCGUCCAAAGGGAGUGCCGGUCGGAGCCAAAGAACUGAAAGAAAUCAACGAAUGGGUUUCUCAGGAGACCGGCGGGAAGGUGCAGCGCUUCCUGGCCAAGUCCCCCUCCAGGAACCCCUCAGUGAACACCGUGAGCGCCGCCUACUUCCGAGGGAGGUGGGUCACUCGCUUCAGUAACAGUGGAGUCAUGGACGACUUCCAGGUGGACGGCGCGACACCUGUUCGCAUUCCCAUGAUGCAGCAGGACAACUAUCCUGUGAAGAUGGGAGUUGACUCAGACCUGAGCUGCAAGAUCGCUCAGAUCCAGAUGCAGAACGAGGUCAGCAUGUUCGUGUUCCUGCCGGACGAGGUGACGUCCAACAUGACGCUGCUGGAGGACAGCCUGACCGCUGAGUUCGUCCAGGACCUCUCCAUGACGCUGCUCCCAGCCCAGGUGUCCCUCACUCUGCCCACCCUGAGGCUCAGCUACUCCACAGACCUGCUGCCCCUGCUCAGCGACCUGGGUCUCACUGAUUGGUUGGAGAACCCGCAGCUGGAGAAGAUCUCAGGUCAGGCCACCAAGCUCACCAGCGUCAAUCACAAGGUCGUGAUGGAGACAGCACCUGAAGGCAACCAGUACCCGGGCGCCACCUCGACCCCCAACCACCUGACCUACCGGGUGGACCGCCCCUUCCUCUACCUGAUCCGGGACGACGUGUCCGGGGCGCUCGUCUUCAUCGGCAGAGUGGUCAACCCCCAAGGCCUGAGGAUAUAAGACACAUUCCCAUAAUGCAUUGCCCAGCCAUU